UCCACUGGAGGGUAUGUGAAGCCAAGACUUCUUCUCUGCAGGCUCCAGAAGUUUAGAAGUAAAGCGCAAUGCAGGAAAGGGCACCUGCUAGGACUUAAGGCAUCCCAAGAACACAGAACGGACUUUUGAAAUUACAUAUUAUAGCCGGUGGAAAGGGACCAGGAGGGUUUAUCAUUAACUUGGAGGCUCUGUUCGUUGAUAUAAAAAAGGGGAGCCACAGAGGAGCAAGAGGUACAGACGGCAGGAUGGAGACAUGGACCACAGCUGCCCCUGGCACUUCCGACCCAAGCAUUGCCAUCAAUAAUGCAGCAGACAUAUCAGUCAUUGUUAUCUAUUUUGUGGUCGUCUUGGCAGUGGGCAUUUGGGCCAUGUAUUCCACAAACCGUGGGACUGUGGGUGGAUUCUUCUUAGCAGGCCGAAGCAUGGUUUGGUGGCCGAUUGGUGCUUCACUAUUUGCCAGCAACAUCGGCAGUAGUCACUUCGUGGGACUGGCUGGGACGGGAGCAGCUGCAGGAAUCGCUAUCGGAGGGUUUGAGUGGAAUGCCCUGGUGAUGGUGGUGAUUCUCGGCUGGUUGUUUGUACCCAUCUAUAUCAAGGCUGGAGUGGUGACCAUGCCAGAGUAUCUGAAGAAGAGGUUUGGGGGAAAGCGGAUUCAGAUCUACCUCUCGGUCCUUUCUCUGCUCCUUUACAUUUUUACCAAGAUCUCAGCAGACAUAUUUUCUGGAGCAAUAUUUAUUCAGCUAGCCAUGGGACUGAAUAUUUAUGUGGCUAUUAUCCUCUUGCUUGUUAUCACAGCCCUGUAUACUAUCACAGGAGGACUCGCCGCUGUCAUCUAUACAGACACACUGCAAUCCGUCAUUAUGUUGGUGGGGUCUAUCAUCUUGACAGUAUUUGCAUUUAAAGAAGUAGGAGGAUAUGAUGCCUUUGUGCAGAAAUACAUGCAAGCUAUCCCAUCUGAGAUAACUAUUGGAAACACGACUGUUCCCGAAAAAUGCUACGCACCCCGUGCAGAUGCCUUCCACAUUUUCCGGGACCCCAUCACUGGUGACCUUCCAUGGCCUGGACUCAUCUUUGGCUUGAGCAUCCUGGCUUUGUGGUACUGGUGCACAGACCAGGUCAUUGUCCAGCGAUGCCUCUCAGGCAAGAACAUGUCCCAUGUCAAAGCUGGCUGUGUCAUGUGUGGCUACAUGAAGCUGCUGCCGAUGUUCUUGAUGGUGAUGCCCGGGAUGAUCAGUCGUAUUUUGUACACAGACUUGGUGGCUUGCACUGUGCCUGAGGUGUGCAAGAAGGCUUGUGGGACAGAAGCUGGCUGUUCAAACGUUGCUUAUCCAACGAUGGUGGUGAAGCUGAUGCCGGAUGGCUUACGAGGCCUGAUGCUCUCUGUCAUGCUGGCCUCAUUGAUGAGUUCCCUCACCUCCAUCUUCAACAGUGCCAGCACAUUGUUCACCAUGGAUAUCUACACCAAACUACGAACAAAAGCUUCCGAAAGAGAGCUCAUGAUAAUAGGCAGGCUGUUCAUCUUAGUUUUGAUUGGCAUCAGCAUCGCCUGGGUUCCUGUGGUGCAGUCAGCUCAAAGCGGGCAGCUCUUUGACUACAUCCAGUCUAUCACCAGCUACCUGGGCCCACCAAUCUCAGCUGUCUUCUUCCUGGCUAUCUUCUGCAAGAGGGUCAAUGAACAAGGUGCCUUCUGGGGCCUGGUUAUUGGGCUGCUGAUCGGUCUCUCUCGGAUGAUACCAGAGUUUGCCUAUGGAACUGGCACUUGUGUGCAACCCAGCAGUUGCCCGGAUAUCAUCUGUAAAGUUCACUACCUCUACUUUGCCAUAAUCCUUUUCGUCAUCUCCCUCAUCAUCAUUUUGACCAUUUCGUUCUUGACCAAGCCCAUUGAUGAUGUACAUCUCUAUCGUCUUUGCUGGACCCUGCGCAACAGGACGGAGGAACGCAUUGAUCUGGAUUCAGAUGAUAUGAUAAAAACUGAGGAGCCUGAACUUGGCAAAAGCGAUGAACCUGAACCUGAUGGGGAGGUGAGCUGUUUCAGGAGAGGCUUCAAUUGGUUCUGCGGCUUGGAUGAUAAGAAAGGCCCAAAGCUGAGUAAAGAGGAAGAGGCAGCCAUGCAGCUAAAAUUAACGGACACAACGGAAGAUCCCUUCUGGAAGCGUGUGGUCAACAUUAACAGCAUCAUCUUAUUGGCUGUGGCUGUAUUCUGUCAUGGGUUUUUUGCAUAGACAUCUGUGCUCCGGGGUGCUUUUUUAUUAAAAUGAAGGUCUCACUUACUGGAAUUGCAUUGUGAAACCGUAGUUAUGUCCUUAUUGAACCGUAUAACUUAUUUGUUUCAUUCAAAUUGAUGAAUACAGUUUGAUCGCAUCAAGUAAUUGGAAUGAAAACGAUCAGUGCGCUAAAGGGAGACCACAGCAGUGAGACCAAAGAGUCUCCAGUACUUCGUGAAGACUCACGUCAUUAAGAAGUUCCCUCUUUUGAAAAGGACCAUUCCUACUCCAUCUCUAAUUCCACAGGCAAACAAAUGUGGUGGGCUUUCAAUUCAGAACCACAUCAGUGAUACUCAGUGUAUGGAGCUGGCUUGAUUUUUUUUUUUUGAACAAAGUGUUAUUUUUUAAAUACAACUUUUUGUGUUGUCUAAAAUGUUUGGGGAGUGUGUUCUGUUCUCCCAUAAGGGAUGCGAUUUGUAUAGAAAACGGAGGGGGAAUGCGACUGUCGGGCAAAUACAGCCUGCUCUGUAUAGCUGUCCCGAUUCAUUCCUGUGAGACAGAAGCUUUUAAUUGUUUUGUUUCUUCCUUCCUUUCUUCUUCAUGUCUAACACUGUCCUUUCCGCAUGCUAGAUUGCCUCCCCCCCACAUUAGCUGUUUUCAUUUGUUUCUUGUCCUAGAAUGUGAACUGCAAACAUCUGAAUGGGAAGUUGGUUGCCAGUGCAAUUUUAGUGGGCUUGAAACACAUUUGAAGAAAGUCUUCUCUGAUAACGCAGUCUGUUUAUGACUGUCUUUUUACGUUGAGUUUACUGUGUGUCUGUGUGAAAAUACAUGGCCUUUAUUUUUAAAAAUAA